AUGGGUCUUGAAGAUUACCACGUAAUUGAGUUGGUCGGGGAAGGCUCCUUCGGAAAAGUUUACAAAGGGAGGCGCAAAUACACUGGAAAGGUAAAAAUUAUCAGGUUUUUGAACUUUACUAAGUUUUCUAUGACGCGUUGUUUUUGAUUAUUUAUUAUAACCCUUGACACCUUUUUUCUCAGACUGUUGCGUUGAAAUUUAUUCUUAAACAUGGGAAGAGCGAAAAGGAUAUACACAAUUUACGUCAGGAAAUCGAGGUAUCGUAAUUUUAAUCGUUUUAGUAUAGUAAUGAUACUUGUUUUGUGUGUUAUAUGUUUCAACUUUGAAAACCUAGGGAACCGAAUGGACUGGGGGAGCAGUAUGAUCCAGCCUCUCUAUAACCUUUCAAAUAUGAAUCCUUUGAAGAUCCUAGAUGGUCUGUCAGGAUUUUGGAUGUGGGGUACGGUGUCUGGAACGCAUGACAUUUGGGUGGGGUUAUCAUCGAGGUUUCAUUAAAAGUCAGACGCUUUGCAUCCAUGUUAAUCACGUUAUUUUUGACAUGAUUCUGUAGGCAGCUUCUGUCGAAUCUUCUCAUUAGCUAGAGCUAAAUCUAUGCCCAGAAAUUUUCAAUGGGGAAUAAGCUGGGUCCAAUUGACACGGUCUUUCUUCAUAUUUUUUUAAUUCAAACACAGGAUGUCUAUUGACUAGAAUACACAAAGAGUCGGUGUUUUAAGAGUGACAGGGUCCAUGGCAUGUAGAUGAAAUCAUAUUUGAAAUCUUUCAUACACCUGGUUGGAUACUUCCUAGAAAAGCUAACACACAAUUGUUUAUUCCCUUGUGUGACGAAGGGAACAACUGUUGACAUCAUCUACUUUUUUUGUCCACACGUUGAAAUUUUGAAUGAGAAAUUAUAACCGGAAUGUCAAACAUCAAUGACUAAGAGGAAUUUAGUUCAUUUUUUUCUAAUUUUUAAGCCCUUACCCAGUGCAUCAUGUAUCCUCUUUUGGCAGUGGUUACUUUGAUGAGUGGUUCAUACUUGGUCUCACAACUGUUUCUCAUAAUCCACUUUGAUGUUAAUUUUUUUAUCAUCGAUGUAUUGGCGUAAACUAAAGUUUACAUUAAUUUCGAUAACCUUGGUAACUGUGUACUGAAUAGAAGUCAACAUUGCCUGACAUUCUAGAUUUACUUUUAGGAGACUACCAUCUGCUUAAUUCUAUUUGUACAUUUCACAGAUCCUCAGGAAGUUGAAACAUGAGAAUAUAAUUGAAAUGCUUGAUGCCUUUGAAACUCCUCAGGAGUUUUGUGUUGUUACAGAAUUUGCUCAGGUAAAUUUUUAAUCGGAUAACUGCACAUUUUAGCCAGAUGCAGUAUAGUUGGUGAUUAUCAACCUUUGAUUAAAAUACCACAAUUACUUUUCAGGGAGAACUAUUUGAAAUUCUUGAAGAUGACAAGUGCCUUCCAGAAGAGCAAGUGCAAGCAAUUGCAAAACAGCUGGUAUAACCUUGUUUUGUUUUUUUUUAUACUUCUACUUCAUAUCACAUGUCAGCAAUGAACACUAUCUUAUUUUCAGGUCAGAGCACUGCAUUACUUACAUUCCAAUCGCAUCAUUCAUCGGGAUAUGAAGCCACAGAACAUUCUCAUUGGACCUGGAUCUGUUGUCAAGGUUUGCUUUUGACAUGGAAAAAGCUGUUUCAUUUGACAUUUGAUUCAUGCUUCCAUUGAUUGACUCAUCCACACGCUAUUUUAGUUGUCCAUUCAGUACACUGGGAAUCACAGGGACCUACCAUGAACUCCGACACACUUUUUUUGUGAGCAGUUUUCCAGGAUUUUAUUCAUCCAUGGUUUAACAUAGUUUCGAAGUAUGAUACCAUCCGCACUAUCUGACUGGGUUGAUAUUGACUUUCUAAAGAGUAAAUUGUCCUGAGUAGCUUCACGAACUCCGAGGAUAAAAAUAAUCAAGGUCAUCUUACACGUACAUCUAGUUUUCAUCAGCUUUUGCGUUUGAAAGUUUCCCCUGUCUGGAUACAUGCGCUAUAUUUUAUGCAUAGGGUGCUACAUUCGUAUGUCGUUAGAUAGCUAUUUAGGUUCUGGAGUUAAAUCAACUUUCUUCCCUAUUAUUCCAAAGCUUCAUAUGUCAUGUGGCAUCUCUGAUUACAAUCAUACCUCGGUUUUACUCAAUUUCUUGAAUAUCAUUGAGGAGGCCCGUCAUGGAUUAACUGGUUUAAUAAACACAUGAAAAGGAUUGGCAGUUAGAUUCAAUCUCUGUUACGCAUUUCUAACUUAGAUUUUACCCCCUGCAUUAAGUCAUAAUGAGUGCAGUAGUAAUUCCUCUAAGUGGGUGCAUGAUCGCUUAAAAACAUGUAAUUCCUAAUUGUUGAUUGAGAGACUGUGGACAAAUGAAAUAUGAUUGUUAUCGAUUUAUCUAUCUUUGUUUUUUAUUCAUUAGUCACUUAAAAAAUCUUCUGGGCAUGAGAAUUAAGGAAAUCAACCUUAGUUUAGCCUUACAUUCCUCUAGCUGUAGUCUGCCAUUUGACUGUUUCCCCUCCUACUAAGUGUUAUGAGAAGAGUUGCUCUUUGGAGAGCACAGUGCAAUGAAAGUUGUAAGCUGUGUUCGGGGGGGAGUUAUUGUCUAUCGUUGGCCUCUAUAGUAGAGUCAGUUGGAGAGGCCUGAGAGGCUGUGGUUUACUCCGUUGUCGAUGUCAGCAGUUCAAGUCCGCUUAUCUCCAGCCCAUGAACUUGGCCGAAACUCUGAAAUGAGUAGGGUGUCCUCAGGUUCUUUGAAUUUGUUGCUUUUUUUAUUAACAUCACUUCUUUUUUUGCUUCAAAAGAGGACCAUAUUGCUUGUUUUAUUAACAUGAGGACGGAAUCCAAAAACUUCCUUUGUGAAUCUUUCAUCUGAUGGCAGCUAUGUGACUUUGGUUUUGCUCGGGCAAUGUCAGCAAAUACAGUAGUUUUGCGGUCUAUAAAAGGUUAGCUCUUCAUUGUUCCAGCCUUAUCAAAGAUGUGAUCAUUUGUGGAUUCUUUUGUUGUACGCUGAUAUUGUGAUAGUUAACAUUUGUAUAAUAAUUUUUUCUUUGUGACAUUCAGGCACACCUUUGUACAUGGCUCCAGAACUUGUGAGGGAACAGCCCUACAAUCACACAGUGGAUUUAUGGUCUUUGGGUGUAAUUUUGUACGUCAAUAAACCUUUACAGUAAAUCGUGGCCAUUUCUUAAUUUUUCUUGUGAAAAUGUUCAGUGUUUAUCAUUCAAAACGAAAUAUCAAUAUUUUUGAUUUUUUUUUUCUUUGAGGCAUCUAUUUUUGUCAUCUCUGUUGCAUGUGUACUGUCUCUCUAGUUUAGUCAGAUCUAAGUUUGUGGUCUGUUUAAGGUUACAGAAUUUUAUUCACAAAUUACAUUACUCUUAUGACAUGACAUGAACUUCUUCCAUUGAUUAUAAUCAGCCUUCUUGGCCAAAUAUGGGUAUUGGACCUUGAUCAUUAGGUCCGUGUCCAUGUGCCUAGUUAAUCACUUAUCAGUUCAUUGUUUUUUUUUAAAAAUUUGGUUGAAAUCGUUGCGUGUUCUUGGAGGGUUAAAUGGGUUCACAUGCCAGUUUGUUUCAUGUUUAAAGUGAAGAAGAACAUAUAUCCAAGUCGAGAGAAGGGCGGGACACCUGGAAAACCCUAGGACGGGAAGAAGAACGCCUUCAAGGAGUAGAAGCGUAGAACACCCGGAAAACCUUAGGACAGGCAACUUUUUAUUGGAUAACAGAAAGCUUCGAAUUUCAGGCUCUGGUCAAAACAUUUAAUAAGUUGAAUUCUGAGGGCAAUUCUUUAUUUCCUACUCUGUGUGCCUUUCUAUUUUUCCUGGUGCAAUUGCUAAAUCUGCACAAUUUCCCGUUCACGUAUGGAGGGACCUACCCCCAUUUUGGCUCUUAUACAUGCCCGCUACUAUGACAGCUAACAUAAUUUUUCUUAUGGCUAGGCUUCAACCUCUUUUUACAGGCAUACCUUAUAUAAUGAAUAUAAUUUCCUUAAUAGGUGUAGUCAUUCUACAGUUAGGAGCAACUUUGUGUCUUAUUCAAAGAAAUAAUAAAGUUUAGCCUGCUCUUCAGUACGUUAUGUUAGCCAGAAAAGCACCUUCAGUCCAAGGGGAGAAGGGUAGAACACAAAUAAAUCCUAAAGUAUUGAGGUAGAGAAGUGUGGAGAAUAGAUGGGGGCUCUAACCUUAGGUCGAACUAUAGAGAGAAUCACCUUCUCUUGCUCGUUUGUCCUAAGAGUAAUGCUUUCUAUAUGGACGCACCAAUACAAGUAUAAUGAGCCCAAAGUGGACAUAAUAGGCUAGUAGGGCCAAAUAAGGUCUGAUAUUUAAUUGGGGCCAGCCGACUCUAAAAUAGAGAAACAAAAAAAAGGAUAACUUAUUCAACACAAGGCAUUUAUUUUUAAGUCAAUUUUGGAAUGGAUGUUUCUAUGGAAGCAUUAGACAAUACACGUGGUUUGACAUGUAUAUAUACAUGCAUAUGUUAGGAUAAGUUGAUACUCUCUUCAAGAAUAAACUUUCUUGUGUGGAAUAGAAAAUGACAAAUAUGAUUAGUCAUGAGACCCAAUGGAAUUUCUCGACUCUGACCAGAAUAAAAACAUGCUGGUACAAGAAUUUUGCAUCUGCACAUCAAGAUUUUAUCUGAUGUGUUUUCAGAUUCCAAAUCCUAAAACAUGAAAUGGUUGUCAAGUUCUUUUCAUUGAGUUUUUCUGUUCAUUAUUCAUUUUUUUUCUCUUUUUUCAUAAUCCUAAACCAAUUCCUGUUUCCUCACUAUCAAAUUGGGGUGACGAAUAAACAUUAAAAGUUGUUGUGUGACUCAGUAAUGAAUCAAUUUCUGUUCCUCUCAGAAACGUGCGAGUUGACAUACUUUUUAUUGUUUUGCUGAGCUGUUGAUUUGGAUGAAUCUAUCUUGUUCAGUUCGAACGCCAUCAAAAUUUAUUUAUUCAAGGGGAAAAGAGCUUGACAUCAUGGGGAUAAAUCGGAUGAUGUCUGUCUUUUCUUAAGUUUCAGUUCAAUAGUCUCAUCCUCCAGAUGCUGUUCUAUGACUUUCUGGGCUAUAUAUCAAUGACAAAUCGCUUAUGGCAUUUCACAAAAUCUUUUAGAUAGCUCACAGUACAUUUUUUUUGCUUGGGAAUCUUCUGAAGUAUUUAAUGACUUCAUUUUGUUUUCUAAUUAAAAUAAUGGUAUGUGCUGUAUCAGGUAUGAAUUAUUUGUUGGGCAGCCUCCUUUUUAUACGAACUCUGUUUAUGCACUAGUUCGGCACAUCAUCAAGGUGUGUUUUCGUUGUUGUGCUUAUUUGGUCAUAUCAUGGUUUCCUCAAUAUCGGUAAAUAUUUCAUUUUUAAAUUAUGAAUGUUAUGCAUCAGGAUCCGGUAAAAUAUCCAGAGAACAUGAGUUCAAGCUUCCAAAGUUUUCUAAAGGGCUUACUUAACAAGGUUCUGAUGUUUUAUUUCGUCUACGUUUAUGUAUCCAAUCCCGUUGACCUAGGAAAUAAUCUAACACUUUGGUAUGCAGAUACCACAAAGUAGGUUGACAUGGCCGGCAUUACUCGAGCAUCCAUUUGUCAAAGAAACAUCCAAUGAAAUAGACGUCACUGUAAGUGUUUACAGAAAGUUGGUCAACAUGGGAACUCUCAGAUCUUGCAAUUUGUUCAAUAGCUUCAACUAACAAAUCAAUUACAUUUCUGUCAAACAAGAAGAAAGUAGAUCUUGCAACCACAGCAGCUGGAGGAUGUGAGGCAACUCAGAAGAUGGGAAAAAGUCAUCCAAUGCCGACAGUUGGAUCUCCUGCGGCUUAUUCUUCAGGUUUGACUUGCUGUCAGUUGUCUGCAUUUUAUCUGUUUCAUAUCUUGGGGUUCUUUAAUACUCUUCAUGACAGAUGGAGGUCAUUCCCCUUCUCAAGGGAUUCAGAAGGCAGAUGAAGCAGCAAUUGAUGACAAACCUUCCUGCCCAUGCCCUCCUAGUGUACAGCUUUCACAGAAGGACCCGGAGGACCUGCCUGUUUGUGUGGAUAUUGCUCCACCAGGUCUAUUUUUGCCAUGUUAAAUUUACAUGCUCGGGUAUUCUUAUAGUAUUUACCUUUUUGUUUGUGCUUCGUAUAGAUCUUUCAAAUGUGUUUGACUUCCUGUGUAUGGGCUUCCAUUAGGUUAAUAUUGGCUUUUGAUGCAAUACAAAGGUGAUGAAUAGACUGUUUUAGAAUCCUAUUACGCCUUCAUGAACGUUAGCCAAAUGUUUUCUCCUAGGAACUUUUUGGUGGACGGAGGUAAAUAGUUUACAGAUAUGCUGAUUUUUCGGUUUAAUAAGAAAUAAAGUUGCAUUAUGGGCACUUGCAGAAAGCGUAAGCAAGCAACUUUGCUGAUGUCUCUAGUCGAAUCUAGUUUCAUUGAGGAGCAGAACAAUUGGUUCUCUAAUUAUUUUUUCCUCUGGAGUCGUGGGGAUUCUCUCCCAAUAUGGAAAUCAAACAUUGCGUCGAAGUUUUCUAAUUCUGGAUGAUUUUAUCCAAUUUCCUCAAAUUAGUUGUCUGUCAUUUUCGUUACAUAGGAGUUUAUAUUAAUAUUUAUGAAGAAUAAUUGAAUUAAUUACAUAUCUGUUCUUCGGUUCUCAACAGUGACCUAUCUCCUGUUCUCUUUGGCUAAUACUGUGGAUCAUAAUGUCGUGAAUAACUGUUCUUGGUAUUGGGAUCAAUUCAAGGGUUUGUCAAGAUCCCUAGGCUGGCUGAUAGCGUAGUUGCUCUGAUUUUCUUAGUUAUUGUCAAAAGUACAUGCUUCCUCCUCAGAUCUGAUUAAUAAGCACGAUUUGAUUUAAAGGAAUCUUGCAGUUAUUUGAAUCCGCUAUGGUAACUCAUAUUGGCUUGCGCCAAUCUUACUCUGCGGAACCAUUUGUAUUUUGAUUAACAGGUCUUUGUAGAGAAAUAUGCUAUUAUUUUAGUCUGGCAUAUUUCUGUCAUUUAAUUUGAGAGGGAAUGCGGAAAAAAAGGAGAACACUUUAUCGAUUUGAAUAAGCAGAAAAUUAGGAUAAAUGCGGGAAAUCUCUAAUCUAAUUUGUCAUAUGGACAUUUAGAUCUCCUAUUGUCACUAUGACAAUAAGGAGUGUUGUGAUGCUCAAAAUGGGAAACCAUGGCUUCAUUUCCAGUUGGAACUACGUUGGUAGUCAAAAUAAGUCUAACAUAAUCGUCUGUCAUGGUGUUAUCAUUCUGUGUAGGAGUUGGGUAGCCCUAGUAAUCACAUAACCCUAAAAGUGACAGGUGGUGGUUUCUUGCUUUAUCAUAGAGUAAAUUUCUCCGGUACUAAACUAAUGGAGCGAGGAUAAUCAUAUGUUCAAACCAUUCUGGAAGAAGUCUUUGGGACCACUAAGAAAUGUGCAUAAACCCGUAAAUUCAUUAGGAAUUAUUUGAACUCAGGCUACAUGCACCAACUAUGGUUGAGCAUCAGAAAUUCGUUUGAAACAAAUAAAAAAUUCAUUCACGUGACAAAAAUAUGUAUUCUUCAUCAGUUUUCGUUGUAUCAGUUGGGUUAUGCACAAAUUACUUCUCCAUGACCAGUUACUAUGCUUACAGUUGAUGGAUCCACCAAUGGUCGAAUGGACUGCUUUCAAAUAUGACAAUAUUAUUUGGCUUGAUGCUGCAAUUCUUUAGGCUGUCGUUGUCUUUAACAAAUCACGGUCUUGGGCUGUGGUAACAAAAAUCAUUAUUUUUUUUUCCAAAAUUCCGUAUGAUGGCCUUGUUAAGUAGCCUCUUGUCUGCCCUGAGUUGAUCGAUUAUUGAACCAUUUUAAACAUAAAGUUCUAUGGACGAUAGUACCAUGACUACAUUAUAGCACUGAAUCAGGGGCUACUUUACAGGUCAUCAGGCGCUGGAUAAGCUAGAAAAUAGCUCACGCACAGUAAAAGGUGCAAUGAAUAUUUGUGAAGAUAAAGAUGCACUCUCAACUGCUCUUCUGCCCUUUAAAGAGUGUUCUGAUGGCGUUUUGGGUUCUUCCAGGUUAAUCUUGUGUUUUAUUGUGCCCCUUCUUUCAUACCUUGCCAUGCUCUUUCAUCAAUAAGGUCAAAACUGCAAUUUCAUCAACCAUGCAAUUGGUAGAAGCCGCCAAAAGUCCACGUAAUUUAUAGUAAUCCGUCGUUAAACCUCUUUAGGUGAUAUGUGGAAUUUGAAUUUUGCAUGAUCAAGUUUUAGUUUCCAUGAUCUCCAUUUGAACAUGAAAUCGUUUUGUUGGUUGUGUCUUGCAUGCAUCCGAUAAUGUGGAAAAUCUUCAAUGCAUUGAAGGCAUCAAGACCUGGGUGCCAGGCUGCUCACCUGGGGAACUCUGGUGAGGGUUUGCCCUGAAUUCAUGUCAGUGGCUUCUGCUGUCACAAAGAAAAACCCACACAAUGGUCACCCUCGGCCAAUACAUUACACGUAACAGUAUGCAAAGCUGUUCAUGCCAAACACAUAGCACAGUAGCCGACCAAUCAUGUGCCGGUUUGCCAUCACAUUCAGUCAAGCAUAUUGAUCGACAGUCACUGGUCGAAUGCAUAAUGCUAUGGGUGCAAUGUAUAAUUCAAAUCCACGGAAUUUUAUGUUUUUCUAUUAGUUAUUUUCUGAUUUUUUUUUCUUUAUGUUUGUAAUUUAUUUAUCUUAUUUUGCAGAAUAUUUUUCUCAAUAAAAAAAGUUCAAAUUUGUUAUAUUUGUCAUUGUGAAGGUUCUGAUUUUUUUUAACCAUUUUCAUAAAAAAUGUCUGUACUUAAAAUUUUCUAUCACAUUUAUAUUAUAUUUUCAGUUAAAACUUGUGUUGUGAAUUUUUAAAAAUAAGAAUUCUAUUUAUUUGUGUGCAACGUCGUGAUAAUAAAUCAUGUCACUUUUGUAGAUUAUUUAAUGAUAGUACUUUUCUUUGGCACUACUAUCAUGUGUAUCCGUUUCUAUACAAUUUCCUAUUUAUCAUUUGUUUGAUAUUUAGUUAAUGCUUCAGAUUUUUAAAUUAUUAAAAUUUGGCCUUUCUUGGGCCACGCCCAGGAUCUAGCCUUAUUGCACAGACAGUAAGGUAGUGAUCCACCGCGGCUUGGUUGCCUUGAAAAGGUUGAUUUAAGAAAUUUAAUGGGCACAAGGCAUCACAUUCCUGCCUUUGACAGUGGUCGGUCAGGUUAAUUCAAUUUUUACAUUUCAGAUGUUGUACUAGUUGGUAUUAAUUGGACCGUCGUGAAAUUGAUGGUGAUUUUUGCUUGGCUACUGAACAGGGACUUAAACUCUGCGCGCAUAAACCAGUCAUUCAAAAUUGUCACAAAUUUAAUAGCAGCGGGGGUUCUUAAUCAUUCUAUGGCACUGGAUAACAUAUUACGUGCUAUUGUCGAAUUUGUAUCUGUAAUUAUUGAAGUGAAUAUAUCUGAUUCUCAUGGCUUCUUGGUAAAGGUAAAAACAUCCCGUGUUUAUUUAUGGCUCUUUGCACUAAGAUCUGAAUGCAUAGCGUUUUGCAUGGGAUAUGUGCACUUCUUUAUAAUGGUGUCUAAAGCAUCAGUGAAUGAAGGCACCUAUGCCACAUUAUUUGUAUUAUUCUGCUUACUUUUUGUGAGAAUUUCUUUUUCCAUUUUCAGGGUUUGUCUAUUUUGAAGAAAUUAUUGGACUACAGUGGAAGUGGAGAUAGGCGUUCUUUUGUUGAACACUGGGUUGCUACUACAGGACUAUAUCCACAGGUUAUCCUUGACACGGUACAGAUUUAUUUUAGGCUCCGUAGUUUAGUCUUUGACUUAGCUUCUCUGUUAUCUCCAGGUCAUAAGAUACAAAAGUGAUAUAGCUGGAAGAGUGUUGUAUGAGUAUACUUCAUGCAUUUCCCUGAUGCUUUCUCGAGUUGCAUCGUCACUUAGGACACCGGAGCCACUUGAGGAAACUGAAUUGAUUUCUCCUUGUCAACAAUUUGAAGAAAUUUCAAAGCGUAUUUUACAUCAUGCCAGUCAGUCUGGCAUUGCGAAUCUACUGGUUGAAUGUUUAAUGGCUGCAGGAUCAAGUCUAAUAUCUGGCUCUUCUGAUAUGCUGCCAGCAGCUUGUGAAGCUUGUAAAGCCAUAUGGUACAUUAUAGAUUCGAUUGAGGCAUUGUCAGUUAAAGAAAGAAGCUAUUUCUUCCCUCUGGUGUCAUCAAAAAGCGAUCAGAUGCUUCAAUAUGACGUCAAGGAUCUAAAUCAGUGUUCAUUGCUUGGGACAGUUAGUAUGGUUGCAAAAUCCUUCCUUGAUUCAAAAGCUAUUCAAGUUGCUCUUUAUUAUUGCUUUCGCAAUGGCCUAGAAUCUGCUUUGCACGCUGUCCUUCAGGUAAUACUUGUGUUUUCCUCUCCAAGUAGGCCGUCUGUUGUCUUCAAGAAAAUCACAUUUUAAUUCAUUAUGCAAUCCUGCUUUCAUGAGAAUUUGUAUAAAUGUACUCCUGUUUCUAAAACGAAUUUCAUGUUAUCUUUUAAUUAUAUUAUCUGUACAUACUCCAUUGGAUUUAUGAAUAUAUGACCUAUGAAGCUUAAUCUGUACUGCACGAUUUAACGUUGCAUGUUUUUGUUAGUUCGUGUCUAUUUCAUGCUUUAUUAAUUUUUUCCAGCUGCUAUGGGGAGCCCUGUUCUAAGUUUUUUUCUAAUGGAAUCCUUUUGGCUUUUUCUUACAGCUUAUGCUACGCAUAUGUGUCUCCAGUAUCCCAGUAUGCAGUGUUGUCUGUGGUCUGCCAACUUCUGCAACUGUCUCUGCAGAUGUUGAGGGUGGCGGAGAUGGGACAAUUGUUUCUUAUCUUUUCUCUAUGUUGUCAUCUUUAAAUUCUUCUUAUUUAACUAAAGAGGAAGGAGAGGGGCGCAACCAAAAAUGUAAGUUGUCCAAGCCGCAUGCCCUGGUCUUGAACUGCUGCCUCAUCUUGGCUACAAUCGCACACCAGUUCAAGUUGGAUUACAGAGUUUCUGUCUCGUGUAUUCUUACUGGUUCUCCUAGAAAACAGCGUGAUCGACUUGCCAUCCUUAGCAACUUGUUUUCUUCUGGUGACAAAUUGGUGAAUCCGUUUCAACCUCACUCUGCAGCAGCUAUGCUUGCUUUAUCAUCACUUAUAUCCCUCGAAAGAAUUGGUCCUGCAAACUCCACUAUCACAGAAAUCAUGCUGACCCUUGUUCCUUCCAUAGCAACAUUGCGUCCGUACCUCAGGCUUCAGUCAUCCGGUGAAGCGGUAGCAAUUACCAAUGCUAAUGUGAUGUUGUCCAACUGGCACGGGCUAAGAGAUGGUUGUGUUGGGCUACUGGAAGCAAAACUAAAAAGGGGAGUGCCUCUAGACAUUGAGCAAGCAUGUUCAAACAACAUCCCUCAGCUUCUUCUCCAUAUGCUGGCCGGUGGACUUAAUAGAAACUCAGAGGAAACAGGUUUCAGGAAGGAUCCCGUUGGUCUAUCGCCGAUAGGAGUUGUUUGGGCUGUUUCUUCAGUUUGUCAGUGUCUUCAUGGCAGUGUAUACCGUGAUAUUCUUUUUAGAGGUGAACACAUUAAAGUUAUAGCUGACUUGGGGUCCGAGUCACACCUUAAGGAUGUACUAAGCUGGUGUGGACCUGGAGGAGGAAAGAUGGGGGUUAGAGAUCUAAUUGAUACCGUAGUUGAUCUUUUGGCAUUUCCAUUUGUUGUGGUGCAGAGUGCCCCUGGUUCACCAUCCAUGUCUGCGUCCAUUAGUAGUGGCCAUCUCCUUAACAUUGGUUCACCUGGCGCAAGAGUUGGUAUGGAAAACAGGGGCAUAGCUAAAGAUAUCGAAGCAAGGAUACCUCAAUAUCUUCAGAUCCUUUUGGAGGUUUUGUCUAGAUCUUUUCACUGUUUAGCCACUUGUUCACCGUUUGGCAUUUUCCUCUUAAUAAAUAUUUUCCAUUUCGCAGGUUGGUUUGCCUGGAUGCAUUCUUAGGAGUUUGAAAUAUGUGGAACCAAAAGAUUUAGCGAGACCUAUGGCUUUUGUUGCCAAAAUGGCAGGUUAUCGGCCUCUUGCUAUGCAGCUUCUGACAGAAGGCCUACUGGAUCCUCAAUGUGUUAGAAAGGUCUUUGGUGGUGGUUCUCCAAAGGAGUCUGUGCUCGACUUCCUGAUGAUCAUUUCUGAUUUGGCUCGUAUGUCUAAGGUCUGAAAUUCACUUUAGUUCGGUAUUUACUGUAUGUGAUAUGAUUUUAUCUUUUACUAUUUUGAUAUGGCGCAAAAGCUCUGAUUUUAGAUUAAAAAAAACAUCAGUUUAAACUGAUAUUCGUUAGCUGAUGUCAUUGAUUUCAAGUGACAUGGGGGAAAGUACAUUGCUAAAACAUCCUACAUUAAAAUAUUAUAAGAAGAACCAUAUUUUUUAUCGAUCUGAAGGUUUUUAUUCCUGCUCUCGUUUCGAAUAGAAUUAACUAUUAUCCAUAUUGUGAAGACAUGACGGCAAAGAUAAGGAUCAAUCAUUACAAAAAUUGAAACGUACAUGACAGGUAACUUUCCGACCCUCUCCUGACCAAGUCUAAAGUCAGGCUACGGCUUACCUAGAAACAAUUGUAGAGGACCAAACCUCAGGGGUCCUAUCAGAGUGUUCUGCUCAAAACCUCAAUGUCUUUGUCAGUCUUUGGUUGACUCAAUAAGGAAGGAUCUGUGAUAAAUCUUGACUGUCCUUUUUCUUUUACUUGUCGUAUCUCCGAGACAAUAUGAUUGUCUUUCGCAGAGGCUAAAAGCAUUAUAGUCGCUUCAUUUGGUAGAAAGUUUAAAUUGAUUGUUCAUUUUGACCAACGAAUUGUUGGGGGUCUCUCUUUCAUUGUGAAGCAUAUUAUCGUUAUAACACGUUUUUUUGUAUCAGUAUAUGCCUGAAUCUAUUGACUUCAUAUUGUCUCCUUAAAGUCAUCAGAAUAGUUUCAUACUCGUCUAUUGUGACCAUCCUUCGAACAUGAGAAUGUUCGUUGAAUGUUCAACUCCAAACUGUGAGCGGCUAAACCAGAGUGUAAUGACUCAGUAUUUUAAGAUCUGAGGUUAAAUUUUAAUGCAAUGAUUUUAGUGCUUAUAUAUCACUUAUGUAGCACAUAUAUUCAGAAUGUAGUCAUCCGUGAAAUGAUAACAUUACAGGACUUCUAUGAAGCUAUUGACAAGUCAUAUUUAUUGGAGUUCUUGAGAGACUUUUUAAGCCACGAAGAAGCAGAUGUGCGUGCAAAGGCUUGCAGUGCUAUAGGAAAUAUGUGCCGCUACAGCUCCUAUUUUUAUAAUUCACUGGUAUUUUUUUGCGGUAUUCUGCCUACUCAUUUUAUUUUACUUUUGUCUACCUGUUGAUCUCAUCUUAUUCUGUUGUUUGGAAGUGCAGGCAAAAUAUAAAAUCAUUGGUCUCCUGAUUGAUAGGUGCGCUGAUCCAGACAAACGCACCCGAAAAUUUGCAUGUUUUGCUGUAAGUUUUUCGUCAUUCUCUUCAAUUUAUGAUCCUAGCUACUCCUCAAUUUCAAGGAUGAUGAGUAUCCAGUGGAUGAUAUGCAGAUGUUCCUUUGUUUGUUUUUAGAUUGGAAAUGCUGCGUACCACAGUGACAGUCUAUACAAGGAGCUCAGUAAAUCUAUACCUCACCUUACAAGGCUUCUCCUUGCAGCAGAGGAGGAGAAGACUAAGUCCAAUGCUGCAGGUGCUCUCAGCAAUCUGGUUCGCAACUCUGACGCAUUAUGUGAGGACAUCAUCUCUCAAGGGGCCUUGCAGGUUUGUCACGUCAGACGCACCAUCAAACUACACAUCUGCAUGUAAUCAAUCGGUUCAAGAUGCUCCAUCAUAUCUUCCAUCGGUGAAAAGUUAAUCAUAGUUUUCGGUCAGGCCCUAAAAAUGGUCUUCAUUCAACUUCUACUGUUACAAUGCGUCCUUUGCAGUAGUCUUGGUGAAACUUUCUCCUAGUGUCCUCUUUUGGAAAAUUCUGGCAAUCAUGCAUGUGAUUUACGAGGCUUUUUCUCUUAAGUCAGGCGCCGAGUCAAAGCUGUAAUUUUUACAUCCACAUAACACUUCAACGAGAUUCCACUGAAGCCAGAUUUCUUAAUGAGAUCUGGGCAUGGUAUAGGCUUUAGUUUUUUCAAUACUUGGUUCAUCCCCUGAAGUCAGUCUCUGCAUGCUUCAUGUUAGUCUUUUUUGGCAUAGUUUCCUUGAUGGGGAGCUCCGUCUUCAGGUUUUUCUUGUGUAACCAUGGGCCAAUGGUGGGUGGUAAGAUCGGAUUGGGGUGGUUGGAUUGCUCACUGCCGGUCCCAAUCCUGGGUUGGGUCUGCUUGCUGCAUCAUGCUUGAGUUUAAGUUUCCUCUUUUCUUUCCCUGCAGGCGCUGUUGAAGCUGGUGAAUGACUACUUUGCUCUUGCGAUGGACCUGGGAAGAGUAGACGCCAUGAAGGAGUCGCCACUGAGAAUAGUGUUGUUUGCAUUGAGGAAGAUGUGUGAGCACGCUCCUUGCAGGCACUACAUGCGCUCAUCUGAACUCUUCCCCGCCGUUGUUCAGCUCAAGAAAUCAUCCGACUCUGCUAUGGCAACCUACGCUUCGGGGAUUAUCGCCAAAGUCUCUCAAAUGUAA